UCUGUAUGAAAAAGGAAAAAAAAAUUUUCUUGCCUUGUGCAAAUCAGAUUUUCUCUUCUUUUCUCUUGUUUUCUAUACAUUAUGUCUAGUAUCACUGAAGAAUUAAAGGCAAAGGCAGAAGAGAUAAAGAACGAAGCAAACACUUUUUUCAAAGAAAAACGCUUUCCCGCCGCUAUUGAAAAAUAUACAGAAGCUAUCGAAAUAAACCCUCACGUAGCUUCUUAUUAUACCAACCGUGCUUUCUGUCACCUCAAAUUAGAAAAUUAUGGUUAUGCUAUUGCUGAUGCUAACAAGGCACUUGAAGUGGACUCCACUUUUACAAAGGCCAAUUAUCGACGUGCUUCUGCUAAUAUGGCACUUGGUAACUUUAAAGAAGCAUUAAAAGAUUUUCGAAUUGUCACGAAACGAGCUCCUGCUGAUAAAGAUGCUAAAGCCAAAUUUGAUGAAUGUGCCAAAAUUGUCAGAAGAAUUGAAUUUGAAAGAGCUAUUGAGCAUAAUGAUCAAAAGCGUAGUGUAGCUGAGAAUCUAGACCUUGAUUCCAUAGUUGUUGAUGAAAAGUAUGACGGACCUCGGAUAAACGAAGAAACAAAGAUGAUUGAUCUUGCAUUUGUGGAAGCGAUGAUUGAACACUUUAAGCAACAGAAAAAGAUUCAUAAAAAAUACGCUUUUAUGAUUGUACUGGCAGUCCGCAAAUAUAUGUAUGAAGCACCUUCAUUGAUUGAUGUCAAAAUCCCUGAGAACGGUAAAUUAACUGUUUGUGGUGAUGUGCAUGGUCAAUUCUAUGACUUUAUCAACAUUUUCAACACCAAUGGUUAUCCUUCAGAAAACCAUGCCUAUUUAUUCAAUGGCGAUUUUGUUGACCGUGGUUCUUUCUCUGUGGAAGUCAUUUUGACCUUGUUUGCAUACAAAUGGCUUUAUCCUGAUCGUCUGUUUUUGGCCCGUGGUAACCAUGAAACAGACAACAUGAACAAGGUUUAUGGUUUUGAAGGAGAAGUAAAGGCCAAGUUUAGUGAAAUGAUGUUCAACUUGUUCUCAGAGACAUUCAAUGCUUUGCCUUUGGCUCAUGUUGUUCAAAACAAGAUCUUUGUUACGCACGGUGGUUUGUUCUCCCGUGAUAAUGUCACUUUGGAUGAAAUCAGAAAGAUUGAUCGUAUUGGACAAGGGCAACCUGGUAGUGAAGGUUUAAUGUGUGAAUUGUUAUGGUCUGAUCCUCAGCCAGAGAAUGGUAGAUCACCCAGUAAGCGUGGUGUGGGUAUUCAAUUUGGUCCUGAUGUGACAAAGAACUUUUUGGAGACCAAUGAUUUGGAUAUGGUUAUUCGUAGUCAUGAAGUGAAAGCACAAGGUUAUGUGAUUGAACACGACGGUAAAUGUGUUACUGUGUUCUCUGCACCUAAUUACUGUGAUACUGUUGGUAAUAAGGGUGCCCUUAUUAAUUUUACACCCGAUUUAAAGAAAGAAUACAUUACUUUUGAUGCAGUUGUAAGUGUAUAAAUUUAGAAUGCGAUUCAGUUACUCACUCCUUUGAUAGCCUCAUCCAACUGUGAAGCCAAUGCAGUAUGCCAGUCAAUUUAGUGGAUUAUUAGGCAUGUAGAAAAAUGUAUAAAAAGAAAAAAACCAUCAUCUAGACCAUCAUUAAACAUUU